AUGUUUGGAAUCGAUCAUCGCUCAGCAAGCGCCCUCACAUCAGCGUUCACAUCUACAGGCGCACCUCUCGACCCGAAUCAUCCAGACGUCGUGCCGCCUUCUGGUGCUAAUGGCCAGCCAGACAUCCAAGGCCCAGGUGGGCAUCAUGGACACAAGCAUGGCGGCGGCUUCCUCAAGCAAUGGGGCAAGCUCCUUGGCGUGGAUGCCUUUAUUGAGACAGCCACGGGCCGUGGAGCUGCCGCUGGCGGCAAGAACAAGCGGCGGAAGAAGAACCCAUACAGCCGUGGAUGCAUUACGAACUGCAAGGACUUCUGGUGCGACCCGGCCCCUGUCUUUGGCCAGCGGGAGCUUGGUGCGGCGAUGCUCGAUGGCCAGGUCGUCAAUUACACUGAGAUGUACGAGAGCCCAUCUUUAAUGACGAUAGGCGGUCGGUCCAUGGGGGGAAGGAGAGGAGCCUAUGAGGCUGUCGCUAGUGAGGAGGUGUAA